UAAAGUGGAAGAAAUAGUAAGUUCCACCGUUUCGACCGCGAGUACCGGUGUCACUAUUAGCGCGUCGCAACCCAGCGGUUCUGAGACCACGGCGAUCGUAAAACGGCGAGUAAAAUUGCCGGAAGCGUCUCUACCGAAAUUUGACGGCCAAUACGAGAAUUGGCUGUCCUUCAAAAAUACUUUUAUCGUUAUGAUCGAUUCACAAACAGACUUGAGCGAGGUACAAAAAUUGCAAUACUUAAAAUCGGCGUUAACGGGCGAGGCAGCUAAUAAAUUAAAGAUUCUAUCGAUCGAAGGCUCAAAUUAUCAAAAGGCAUGGGAACUGUUGAAACGCUCGUACGAAGUAAAGCGGAUAUUAAUUUCACGCCACCUUUCGUUGCUCUUAAACACACCCGUUUUAGAAAAGGAGACAACCGACGGCUUGUCCAAGCUUGCCGAUGACACGCAGCAACAUGUAGCAUCGUUAACCGCGUUAGGAGUUAACGUGGGGUCCGAGAUACUUGUAAACGUACUAGAAAGCAAAUUACCUAGGAGCGUAGCGGAGAAAUGGGAGAAAUCUCUGGAUCGGGACGAAUUUCCGAAGAUCGACGAUUUAUACGAAUUUUUAUAUAGAACCGCAGUUCGUAUAUCUAAGCGUGUUCGCGCAGGAACGACCAGACAAGCCGAGGACAGAUCGACACCUCCCGGGAAAAAGGCGCGAAUAUCCAACAAGGCAUUUGUGGUUAAUUGCGAAUAA